AUGGAUACGGAUGAUUGUGAUCACACCACCGUUACUAAUCACACCACCGUUUUUAAAACUCCCACCCCCACCAAUAACACUAUUUUCCCUCGAAAUCCCACACCUUACUUUGAAAAUUUUACUUUUACUCAAGGAAAUAGCUCAACCCCUUGUGUUCCUCUUAAACCAAAUGAUUUCAUAGAGCUAGAAAAAUUGAAAAUUAUCCCCACCCCCACUACUAUCCCCACCCCCAUCACCAUCUCUAGUAAUAAUAGUGUUUAUGACACAAAUCAAAAUUCGACCUUUUAUAAUUUUCCAACACUCAUGGAACAACAACAGAUGCAAUUAAAUCUCAAUCAAUAUGAGUUGGAUCUAACGGAACAGACUAAACUUUCAUAUUAUGAUGAGCCGAGAUUUGAAUUUCCAUCAGUAGAAUCACCUAUAUUUAAUUUCGAACAUGCUUCGAAUAGAGUUAAUUGCAUUACAAUCACCACCGAUCAUUUUGAUCUUGCAUACAAUCACCCAUCACUUCAACUCCAACCACAACAAGAGCUCAAUCAACUACCAAUUCAAGAACCCCAAACCAAUUCUAUGGUUUUAGCAAAUGCAAAUCCACAACCAAAUAAACAAAGAUCGAGAAAGAGAAAAAAUCAACCAUUGAAAAUGAUUUGCGAGAUGAAUGCACAGAAGCUCUUAGAAGAUCCAUGGGCAUGGAGAAAAUAUGGACAAAAACCCAUUAAAGGAUCUCCAUAUCCAAGCUGCAAACUACCACAAUUACUAAUCACACCACCGUUUUUGAAACUCCCACCCCCACCAAUACCACUAUUUUCCCUCAAAAUCCCACACCUUUUUACUUUUACUCAAGGAAAUAGCUCAACCCCUUGUGUUCCUCUUAAACCAAAUGAUUUCAUAGAGCUAGAAAAAUUGAAAAUUAUCCCCACCCCCACUACUAUCCCCACCCCCAUCACCAUCACUAGUAAUAAUAGUGUUUAUGACACAAAUCAAAAUUCGACCUUUUAUAAUUUUCCAACACUCAUGGAACAACAACAGAUGCAAUUAAAUCUCAAUCAAUAUGAGUUGGAUCUAACGGAACAGACUAAACUUUCAUAUUAUGAUGAGCCGAGAUUUGAAUUUCCAUCAGUAGAAUCACCUAUAUUUAAUUUCGAACAUGCUUCGAAUAGAGUUAAUUGCAUUACAAUCACCACCGAUCAUUUUGAUCUUGCAUACAAUCACCCAUCACUUCAACUCCAACCACAACAAGAGCUCAAUCAACUACCAAUUCAAGAACCCCAAACCAAUUCUAUGGUUUUAGCAAAUGCAAAUCCACAACCAAAUAAACAAAGAUCGAGAAAGAGAAAAAAUCAACCAUUGAAAAUGAUUUGCGAGAUGAAUGCACAGAAGCUCUUAGAAGAUCCAUGGGCAUGGAGAAAAUAUGGACAAAAACCCAUUAAAGGAUCUCCAUAUCCAAGGUGGAACAUGUCAUGUGCAUUGGUCGAUAGAGAGCAAGUUGUAAAUUCAUCAACAUUCAAUGAUAUGGAAAACCUUGAAUGUGUAGUUCUUCCUCCAGGCAUAAGCAAUGUUGCAACCCCGCUUGAAGCCACAAUCAUCAAAAUAUCUCCUUUAGAUCUUAAUGAUGCAGACAUAACUCUUCAAAUGUAA